AACAAAACAAUUUUACAUUCUUUUAAAAUUAAAAACAGUAUUUUUAUAGGUUGAGUGUCAACAACCUAACCUAACCUCAAUAUGUCAAUUUUUUGUGGCAACAAUAAAAUUAUAAACAGAAUUUAUUUUUGUUUUAAAACAGAGAUUGAAAUUAUAGAAAAAAAUUCAAUUCAAUUUGAAAUACAUCGAUUAAAUAAUUUUAAUUCUAAAAAAAAGAGAGAUGGAUUUUGAAAUACUCGAGAUAUAAUUUCACAUUGAAAAAAAAAAAAAUGGCUGAUAAUUUUCAAAAUUCGGAAAAAAUAUUUUACUGGAUACAAAAUGUGACACAAGUUCUUAAUGAAAAACGUCACGAGAAUGAAAAUGAAUUUUCAUCAAGUGGAUUUAGACAAGCAAAUUUUGAAAAACUCGAAGAAAAUGUUGAAACUAUAAUAAUACAUUAUUUAGAAAUUUAUAUACGUAAGCAUGUUGCGCCAAAAUUUUGGAAAUAUUUUAAAUUCAUUAAAAAUGAACAACAAGGUUUUCAAGAUUUUCAACAAGCAGUUAAUGAAUUAUAUUCAAGUUUUGAUCCAAUAUUACCAUUAAUAAAACAACUUGAGGAAUUAAUGAAAAAUAAAAAAUUCUCCUACAGUAGUAAAAAUGUAAAUGAACGUUUUAAAUUAUUAGUUGGAGCAACAUUAUUAAGUCAAAUACCAUUGCAUCAUGAUAUUAUAAUUGAACAUUUUUAUAAAAUUUCAUUUAAAGUAUUUUGUAAUAAUGACACAAAUGAUAAUAAUGAAUUUACCAAUCAAUGUCGUGGUUGUAAUCAAGAACAAUCAAAAUGUCAAUGUAAAAUGAUAAUUUACAUGUUUCAUGAGACAAAUAAAAAAUUAUUGGAAUUAGGAUUAUUGGAAAGAUUAGUUGGCAAUGUUUUAACAUCAUUGAUAAAUAUUCGUAUAAAAAAUUAUGUUAGUCAUACGUGUAAUAGAAGUUUCAAUAAAUCAUUAAUAGAACCAUUAAAUGAUUGGCUUGGUACAAUUGUAUUAAGUUGGUUGGUUCGUAUUUAUUCAGGAUCAUCGGAAACAAAUAUAAUUGCCAAAAAAACAAGUGACGCUAUUGAAAUAUUUAAACAAAAAUUACAACAUUAUAUGCACGAGACAUAUACAAAAGUAAGAAUUGAACAAUUAUUUAAUAUAAUAAUAGAAUAUCCAAAUUCAUUGCCGGCAAUACUUGAUUUACGUACAUGUUUAAUAAGAACUGAUUUGAGAAAAAAUUUAAUUGAUACACUACAAGAGGCAUUUAAAACACGUUUAUUGCAUCCAGGUGUAACGACACAGGAUAUUUUAACAGCAUAUAUUGCGGCAAUUAAAGUAUUAAGACAAUUGGAUCCAACUGGAGUAUUAUUGGAAACAACAACGGAGCCAAUUAAAUUAUAUUUAAGAAGUCGUGAGGAUACGGUUCGUUGUGUUGUUAGUGGUUUAUUGGAUGAUUCAGAUAGUGAUUUAGCUGAGGAACUUGCAAAAAGUGAAACUCUACAAUUGGAUGAUAUUUCAGGUGAGGAGGAAAUUGAAAAUUGGGAAAAAUGGAUGCCCGAUCCAGUUGAUGCCGAUCCAACGCGUUCAACGCAAAGAAAAAUGUCUGAUAUUAUAUCAAUGUUAAUUAGUGUUUAUGGUAGUCAAGAUUUAUUUGUCAAUGAAUAUAGAACAUUAUUGGCUGAUCGUUUAUUAUCGCAAAUGAAUUAUCAUACCGAGAGGGAACUUCGACAUUUGGAACUUUUAAAAAGACGAUUUGGUGAACAUCAAUUGCAUUAUUGUGAAGUAAUGCUUAAAGAUGUUUAUGAUUCAAAACGAAUUGAUGGUAAUAUACAAUCGGACGCUAGUUAUUUAUCAGAUAAAGAAGAUUUUACAACAUCGGCAUUAAUUUUGUCGGCACAAUUUUGGCCACCAUUUAAAGAAGAAUGGAAAUUGGAACUUCCAAAAAUUGUACAAAAUCAAUUAUCACGUUAUGUGAAAGCAUUUGAAGCACUAAAAGGAAAUCGAACACUUUGUUGGAAGCCACAUUUGGGAAAUGUUAAUCUUGAAAUUGAAUUAAAAGAUCGUAAAUUUAAUCUCAAUGUUACGCCAAUUCAUGCGACGAUUAUUUUACAUUUUCAAGAGAAACAUGAAUGGACAUUGGAAAAAUUGUCAGAAAUUGUACAUGCCCCAAUGACGGUGCUUAGGAGAAAAAUUGGUUUUUGGGUGACACAAGGUGUUCUUAAAGAAACUGCAAAUGAUAUUUAUACAUUGCAAGAGGAAAAUACAUCAAAAACACAUGCAGUUUCAGAAGUUGUUGAAGAUGAUGAAGGUGAAAGUGCAAUGGCAUCGGCAAGUGAUCAACGUGAAGGUGAAUUACAAGUAUUUUGGUCUUAUAUCGUUGGAAUGUUAACAAAUCUCGAUUCAAUGCCACUUGAAAGAAUUCAUCAAAUGUUGAAAAUGUUCGCAUCACAAGGUUUAGGAACUGUUGAAUGUAGUUUAUCGGAUUUGAAAUUGUUUUUAGAUAGAAAAGUAAGAGAACAUCAUUUAAUAUUAUCGGGAAAUUUGUACAGAUUAUCAAAAACGUGAUAUUUUUUUCUGUAUUAUAAUUUUUUUCUAUUACUAUUUUAAUAAAGAGAAUUUAAAAUCAUGA